UCUGAACGGUGAUACCUACACUACGUCUGUGGUUCUCCACAAGGAGACGGGGGGUGGAUGGGAAGUAAGACGAAGGGAAAAUACAGCUGGCGGGGCUGGUGGCGCCAAACGUUUCAAACUGGAUGACGAGAAGCCUCCGCCCCUUCCGAUCAAGAGCCAAUCGGAGGUGCCAUAUGCCGAGCGAGUCAUGGAGGAGGGAGGAGCCUAGCCCAAACGAAGUAGCGCGGGUGGAAUCCCGGGAUUGAAAGAGGGGAAAGUCUUGCGUGAGUGUGUGAGGGAGAAUGCUAUUGAAGUUACCCAACCGGCAAAGCCCUUGUAAUAUUCAGUUCAAGCAAAUAUGAAUAAGAGAAAAGCUUACAGUGGUAAAAUGAAUGCUGAAGACAAGGAAAAUCAGUCUUUUGAACCACAAGAAAGCACAUUGAAAACUCCUCUGAAACAGGCAACUACCUCCAAUUGGUUCUUGGCAGAGAUCCAGCCUCCUGCUUCUGGCCAUCUGACAACACCACCCAAGCCUCAUGAAAUCUCUCCUGGAGACCCAUGGACACCGACGGCUAACCUUAAAAUGCUGAUCAGCGCAGCUAGUCCUGAGAUUAGAAAUCGAGAACAGGAAAAAAGAUUGUCAGACAGCAGAAGUGAAAUCCUUGAGGACCAUUUAUCAGGAGAUGAAUAUGAAAAAUCACAACCAAGCCGUAAAGAGAAAAGUCUAGGAUUGUUGUGCCACAAAUUUUUAGCUCGCUAUCCUAGUUAUCCCAACACUUCUAAAAACAAUGAAAUUUGCCUUGAUGAAGUAGCAGAAGAACUUAAUGUUGAACGCAGGCGUAUAUAUGACAUAGUGAACGUGCUAGAAAGUCUUCACAUGGUGAGCCGACUUGCCAAAAACAGGUAUUCUUGGCAUGGGCGCCAUAAUCUUAAAAAAACACUACAGAUUUUGAAAAAAGUGGCUGAGGAGAACAAGUAUGCACAGCAAAUCGAGCUGAUUAAAAGAAAGCAAUAUGAACAAGAGCUCUUAGGGGAUGACCAGAAGAUUGAGUUGGUGGCAAAGCAAGUUAGGCCGAAUGACCAUACAGACAUUUGCUUUGUGGAACUUCCUGGGAUGGAGUUUCGAACAGCUUCAGUAAACAGUCGUAAAGACAAGUCUUUAAGAGUGAUGAGUCAGAAAUUUGUGAUGCUAUUUCUUGUUUCAACCCCUCAAGUUGUGAAUCUUGAAAUUGCUGCUAAAAUUUUGAUUGGUGAAGACUAUGUUGAGUACUUGGAUAAAAGCAAGUUUAAAACUAAAAUUCGGAGGCUGUAUGAUAUUGCUAAUGUUCUCAGUAGUCUUGAGCUCAUCAAAAAGGUUCGUGUUACAGAAGAGAAAGGCCGCAAGCCAGCAUUUAAAUGGACAGGACCAGAUGUUUUUUCAGAGAUUCAAGCUACACAGCCUGUAUCUACACCCACUGUGAUUCCUCUAUCUCAUCCUGUGGAAGGGAAGUCUUCCAAAGAGCAUUGUUCCAAGAACCUCUUCCCUACUAGAAGCAAGCAAGGCUUCACACGGCACCCGUCUUUAAUAAAAUUGACAAAGAGUAUACAGAGUGAUCAGAGAAAGAUUCGGUCUGCUCCAAGCAGCCCGUUCAAGAAAAAUACAAGUCAAAUUCCAUCAAGCUUUCCAAGCAAGAUGGCUCAACUUGCAGCAAUAUGCAAACAGCAGUUGGAUGAACAGUCAAGGGAAUUCAAAAAGAGAAAAAUGAAAUUGGAUUCUGCCUUGCCAUGCACUCUGGCUUCACCUCCUGAUUGUUUGAAACCUGAAUCAUUCUUGUUACCUUCUCAGGCUGAGAUCCUACCUCUGAUGCACAGCUCAGUGUCUCCAGGAAUGCUACCUCUCCAUUCAAAUGUGUCAUAUGCAUUAUAUUUGCAUCCUUCACAAACACAGAUAAUGACUGCGUACAAUCCAAGUUUCAUGGUACAACCUGUUCACUGUGUUAAUGUGAUUGGAAUUAAGUCUCCUGUGGAGGAUAGUUCACAAAUAGUUCCUGGUAAAAUAUUUACUGAAGACAAUGGCAGCAAUUUAGAAGAAGGUGUUGCCUGUGCUAAAUGCCGAGACCUCUGUCUGGAGAAGGAGCAAGAAGGUACAAAGGAUGAUGUGAUGCCUGAGAAAUGUUUUAAGAGGCAUAAAACUUCUCUGGAGCACAGUCCAAUUAGAAAAUAUAUGAGGGACGAAGAGGCACUGCAACAUGUGCUAGUGGGAGAAUCUACUGUGAACCAAAAAUCUAAGUCUUCCAUAGCUUUACAUCUAGACCUGGAAGUCUUCACAUCAUCAGCAGUGAAACAAAUUAAACAUGAAAAAGCAGAUCAAACCUUGGAAUGUCAAUCUAAGCAACAGAAGCAGGGGGAUGUUUUGGAAUACGACAGCAUCACCACAGCACAGGAGAUGCCUGCAACAUUUGCAGUCCCUACGCCCAAGACUUGGUUCCCUUCAGGUUAUCUUAUACCUCUUCCACACUGUACCAAGCUUAGUAAUGAGACCACUCUUUAUAACAAGGAUAAAGCUGAGAUGUGUGCAGCAGAACAGAAGUCCUACAGUUCUCAUAUUGCUGGUGGUAUUCCACUGACAUCUGAAUUUACCACCGUUAAUUUCCCUGCUUUUCAUAUAGCACCUCUGAACUUAAUGCUACCACCAUCUUCUGUCACUACUGUACCUGUGGUGAAUGGUACUACUAUAGCGUCAGGCCAUGCUGACUCUAUCCAAGCCCCAAGCUCUUCAGUUCAGAACUUUACACUACAGCACUUGGGACUGAUACAAGCCAGUCUACAACUGUCUGCAGAUCAAGUACCUGGAAAUGUCCCAGUUUGUCAAGGGCCAGAACUUGUUAAUUCAGCCUCAAAAAGUGUAGGCUUGAAACAAGGGAAAGCAGUGUAUGGUCAUGAGGUACAUAGAAAAUCAGUUCCAGCGGCUUCUUUACAGCAGACCAUUGUUCCUGUGGUAUCCAGCAUUUCUGAGAAAGACGGGGAAAAUACCUUCCAAACACCAUGUGAAGCAGCGGUAGUUUCUGACUUUUGUUCAUCCUCUUGUGAAUCAGAUAGAAUUUCUCAAGAAACAUUAGUAAUUCCGCAAAGAGAACAUGAUGUGUCCACAGAAGAUAAAUUUUGAGUAAUAAUAUAUAAUUGGACUUUUCCUCAAAACAGUUAUGAUUGCAGCUCUUUCUUCUGAUAUUACAAAUGUGUACUCUGGAAAUAAUAUUUGAUCAUAGGGAUGGCUUUAUGCUGGAAAACCAUUUUACAGUUCUUCUACUUGAUUGACUUUAGCUCUUUUUUUAAAAAAAGUAAGUACAUUCAUCAUUGCAAAAAUACCACUUAAAAAGCAAUUUAGAACAAUUCCAUUAAAAGUCUUAUUUCAUAAUUGUGUGGAAUAAGAAAGCUCUUGGUCAUUAUUUGUAUAGAAAUGUACUAUAUAUGUACCAGCACAUUGCAUGUACCAAGCAUGUAAUAUAUUGUAUUUUUAAAAACUAUAAGGGCUCUAGUUACUUUAAUUUAAAUAACAUUUUAAUUCAGUGUUUUAAUUAAUACUGUUGUAAAGUUAAAAAACGUAAUCAUGUGUAUGUAAAUUUUAAAGUUUAUU